AUGGUCUUCUGCUGGGACACCGGGGUCCUGCUGUGCGCGCUGCUAGGCUGUCUGCUUCUCACAGGAUCUAGUUCAGGUUCAAAAUUAAAAGGUCCUGAACUGAGUUUAAAAGGCACCCAGCACGUCACGCAAGCAGGCCAGACACUGCAUCUCCAAUGCAGGGGGGAAGCAGCCCAUCAAUGGUCUUUGCCUGAAACGGUGAGUAAGGAAAGCGAAAGGCUGAGCAUAACUGAAUCUGCCUGUGGAAGAAAUGGCAAACAAUUCUGCAGUACUUUGACUUUGAAUGCAGCUCAAGCAAACCACACUGGCUUCUACAGCUGCAAAUAUCUAGCUGUACCUACUUCAAAGAAGGAAACAGAAUCUGCAAUCUAUAUAUUUAUUAGUGAUACAGGUAGACCUUUCGUAGAGAUGUACAGUGAAAUCCCUGAAAUUAUACACAUGACUGAAGGAAGGGAGCUCAUCAUUCCCUGCCGGGUUACGUCACCUGACAUCACUGUUACUUUAAAAAAGUUUCCACUUGACACUUUGAUCCCUGAUGGAAAACGCGUAAUCUGGGACAGUAGAAAGGGCUUCAUCAUAUCAAAUGCAACGUACAAAGAAAUAGGGCUUCUGACCUGUGAAGCAACAGUCAAUGGACAUUUGUAUAAGACAAACUAUCUCACACAUCGACAAACCAAUACAAUCAUAGAUGUCCAAAUAAGCACACCACGCCCAGUCAAAUUACUUAGAGGCCAUCCUCUUAUCCUCAAUUGUACUGCUACCACUCCCUUGAACACGAGAGUUCAAAUGACCUGGAGUUACCCUGAUGAAAAAAAUAAGAGAGCUUCUGUAAGGCGACGAAUUGACCAAAGCAAUUCCCAUGCCAACAUAUUCUACAGUGUUCUUACUAUUGACAAAGUACAGAACAAAGACAAAGGACUUUAUACUUGUCGUGUAAGGAGUGGACCAUCAUUCAAAUCUGUUAACACCUCAGUGCAUAUAUAUGAUAAAGCCUUCAUCACUGUGAAACAUCGAAAACAGCAGGUGCUUGAAACUGUAGCUGGCAAGCGGUCUUACCGGCUCUCGAUGAAAGUGAAGGCGUUUCCCUCACCGGAAGUUGUAUGGUUAAAAGAUGGGUUACCUGCGACCGAGAAAUCUGCUCGCUAUUUGACUCGGGGCUAUUCGUUAAUUAUCAAGGAUGUAACUGAAGAGGAUGCCGGAAAUUAUACAAUCUUGCUGAGCAUAAAACAGUCAAAUGUGUUCAAAAACCUCACUGCCACUCUAAUUGUCAAUGUGAAACCCCAGAUUUACGAAAAGGCUGUGUCAUCAUUUCCAGACCCAGCUCUCUACCCACUGGGCAGCAGACAAAUCCUGACUUGUACCGCAUACGGUAUCCCUCAACCUACAAUCAAGUGGUGCUGGCACCCCUGUAACCAUAAUCAUUCUGAAGCAAGGUAUGACUUUUGUUCCAAUAAUGAAGAGUCCUUUAUCCUGGAUCCUGACAGCAACAUAGGAAACAGAAUUGAGAGCAUCACUCAGCGCAUGGCAAUAAUAGAAGGAAAGAAUAAGACGGCUAGCACCUUGGUUGUGGCUGACUCUAGAAUUUCUGGAAUCUACAGUUGCAUAGCUUCCAAUAAAGUUGGGACUGUGGGAAGAAACAUAAGCUUUUAUAUCACAGAUGUGCCAAAUGGGUUUCACGUUAACUUGGAAAAAAUGCCGACGGAAGGAGAGGACCUGAAACUGUCCUGCACAGUUAACAAGUUCUUAUACAGAGAUGUUACUUGGAUUUUACUGCGGACAGUUAAUAACAGAACAAUGCACUACAGUAUUAGCAAGCAAAAAAUGGCCAUCGCUAAGGAGCACUCCAUCACUCUUAAUCUUACCAUCAUGAAUGUUUCCCUGGAAGAUUCAGGCACCUAUGCCUGCAGAGCCAGGAAUGUAUACACAGGGGAAGAAAUCCUCCAGAAGAAAGAAGUUACAAUCAGAGAUCAGGAAGCACCAUACCUCCUGCGAAACCUCAGCGAUCACACAGUGGCCAUCAGCAGUUCCACCACUUUAGACUGUCAUGCUAAUGGUGCCCCCGAGCCUCAGAUCACUUGGUUUAAAAACAACCACAAAAUACAACAAGAGCCUGGAAUUAUUUUAGGACCAGGAAGCAGCACGCUGUUUAUUGAAAGAGUCACAGAAGAGGAUGAAGGUGUCUAUCACUGCAAAGCCACCAACCAGAAGGGCUCCGUGGAAAGUUCAGCAUACCUCACUGUUCAAGGAACCUCGGACAAGUCUAAUCUGGAGCUGAUCACUCUAACAUGCACCUGUGUGGCUGCGACUCUCUUCUGGCUCCUAUUAACCCUCUUUAUCCGAAAAAUGAAAAGGUCUUCUUCUGAAAUAAAGACUGACUACCUAUCAAUCAUAAUGGACCCCGAUGAAGUUCCCCUGGAUGAGCAGUGUGAGCGGCUCCCUUAUGAUGCCAGCAAGUGGGAGUUUGCCCGGGAGAGACUUAAACUGGGCAAAUCACUUGGAAGAGGGGCUUUUGGAAAAGUGGUUCAAGCAUCAGCAUUUGGCAUUAAAAAAUCACCUACAUGCCGGACUGUGGCUGUGAAAAUGCUGAAAGAGGGGGCCACGGCCAGCGAGUACAAAGCUCUGAUGACUGAGCUCAAAAUCUUGACCCACAUUGGCCACCAUCUGAACGUGGUUAACCUGCUGGGAGCCUGCACCAAGCAAGGAGGGCCUCUGAUGGUGAUUGUUGAAUACUGCAAAUAUGGAAAUCUAUCCAACUACCUCAAGAGCAAACGUGACUUAUUUUUUCUCAACAAGGAUGCAGCAUUACACAUGGAGCCUAAGAAAGAAAAAAUGGAGCCAGGCCUGGAACAAGGCAAGAAACCAAGACUAGAUAGUGUCACCAGCAGUGAGAGCUUUGCGAGCUCCGGGUUUCAGGAAGAUAAAAGUCUGAGUGAUGUUGAGGAAGAGGAGGAUUCUGAUGGUUUCUACAAGGAGCCCAUCACUAUGGAAGAUCUGAUUUCUUACAGUUUUCAAGUGGCCAGAGGCAUGGAGUUCCUAUCAUCCAGAAAGUGCAUUCAUCGGGACCUGGCAGCGAGAAACAUUCUUUUAUCUGAGAACAAUGUGGUGAAGAUUUGUGAUUUUGGCCUCGCCCGGGAUAUUUAUAAGAACCCCGAUUAUGUGAGAAAAGGAGAUACUCGACUUCCUCUGAAAUGGAUGGCUCCUGAAUCUAUCUUUGACAAAAUCUACAGCACCAAGAGCGACGUGUGGUCUUACGGAGUAUUGCUGUGGGAAAUCUUCUCUUUAGGCGGGUCUCCAUACCCAGGAGUACAAAUGGAUGAGGACUUUUGCAGUCGCCUAAGGGAAGGCAUGAGGAUGAGAGCUCCUGAGUACUCUACUCCUGAAAUCUAUCAGAUCAUGCUGGACUGCUGGCACAGAGACCCAAAAGAAAGGCCAAGAUUUGCAGAACUUGUGGAAAAACUAGGUGAUUUGCUUCAAGCAAACGUACAACAGGAUGGUAAAGACUACAUCCCAAUCAAUGCCAUACUGACAGGAAACAGUGGGUUUACAUACUCAACUCCUGCCUUCUCUGAGGACUUCUUCAAGGAAGGUAUUUCAGCUCCGAAGUUUAAUUCAGAAAGCUCUGAUGAUGUCAGAUAUGUAAAUGCUUUCAAGUUCAUGAGCCUGGAAAGAAUCAAAACCUUUGAAGAACUUUUACCCAAUGCCACCUCCAUGUUUGACGACUCCCAGGGGGACAGCAGCACUCUGUUGGCUUCUCCCAUGCUGAAGCGCUUCACCUGGACUGACAGCAAACCCAAGGCCUCGCUCAAGAUUGACUUGAGAGUCACCAGUAAAAGUAAGGAGUCGGGGCUUUCUGAUGCCAGCAGGCCCAGUUUCUGCCAUUCCAGCUGUGGGCACAUCAGCGAAGGCAAGCGCAGGUUCACCUACGACAACGCUGAGCUGGAAAGGAAAAUUGCGUGCUGCUCCCCGCCCCCAGACUACAACUCGGUGGUCCUGUACUCCACCCCGCCCAUCUAGAGUUUGACACCAAGCCUUAUUUCUAGAAGCACAUGUGUAUUUAUACCCCCGGGAAACUAGCUUUUGCCAGUAUUAUGCAUAUAUAAGUUUACACCUUUACCUUUCCGUGGGAGCCAGCUGCUUUUUGUGAUGUUUUAAUAGUGCUUUUUUUUUUUUUUUUUUUUUUUUUUUUUGACUAACAAGAAUGUAACUCCAGAUAGAGAAAUAGUGACAAGGGAAGAACACUACUGCUAAAUCCUCAUGUUACUCAGUGUUAGAGAAAUCCUUCCUAAGCCCGAUGACUGCCCUGCUCCAACCUCCGCCACCUCAGGGCACACAGGACUAGUUUGAUUCAGGAGCCGCACUGAUCACCCAAUGCAUCAUGGACCCCACUAGGCCAGCCCCGUAGCCCAAAACCCAGGGCAACAAGCCCGUUAGCCCCAGGGAUCACUGGCUGGCCGCAGCAACAUCUCAGGAGUCCUCUAGCAGGCCUAAGACACGUGAGGAGGAAAAGGAAAAAAAGCAGAAAGCAAGGGAGAAAAGAGAAACCGGGAGAAGGCAUGAGAAAGACUUUGAGACUCACCAUGCGGGUGGGGAGGGGACGGCUUCAGCAAUGCCAUCUCAGUGGCUUCCCAGCUCACCCUUCUACAUUUGAGGGCCCAGCCAGGAGCAGAUGGAACAGAGAUGAGGGGACAUUUUCUGGAUUCUGGGAGGCAAGGAAAAGACAAAUAUCUUUUUUGGAACUAAAGCAAAUUUUAGAACUUU